CAACAUUAAACAACAUCAGAAACACACCCGAGGUGGGAAACCAGCUCUGCUAUCCUUGGUUGAAGCUCUCAAGCUCCCGGUACUGACAAUCGCAGUCACAAAGAAGGCCCAUUAUUUUUCUUGCCCAUAGCUACGGAGGCUUAGUAUUAGCCCGGACACUUGUGGAAGCUCGAACAAGGCGAAGUCCGCUGCUGGAGGCUACGAAAGCCCUCUUCCUCUUUGCCUGCCCGUCCCGCGGAUUCUACGCCCAGGACAUUUUGAAUACAAUGAGCGCCGAGCUAGAAGCGGCUGGAAAAGACCCGAUCUCCGACGACAAGGCCGCAGCACUAGUCCGCCGUCUCGGAGAGGGCAACUUUCGAAACGAGCUGGCGUCGUACCCGGACGUAGUUUUAAACAAGCAGGUCUACAGUUUCGUUGAGACAAGAAAGACUGAGACGGUUACUAGACAGUCAGGGCAUGUCCGACGGGACGGGGCCCCAGUCAUGGCGGCCGGAUCGAACUCAGUCAUUCUCGGACUCCCGAGUGCAACUGAGGAGGUCAUACACGCGGACAAAGACCACUCUAAUAUUGUGAAGUUUGCUUCUAGGAGUGACUCGACUUACGAAGACGUCAAGUGCCGCAUUCAGGCUGAAGUGGCAUCUUUAAAGGAACAGCGCGGUCAAGUGCCUAUCCCGUUGCGCUAGUGAAAGAGUAGAAAAGACUUGUAUCUAGAUAAAUAACCUCAUAAGUUUAAUGUCUUAUAUGCUAAGAUAAAAUGGGUAUAAUACAACAACUUUUCCC